AUGUGGCAGGUACUCUUUGUGCUGUUCUUGUUUGGACAGCUUGGACUAUGCGCCAAACCAAACAUCCUUUUCAUCUUGACGGAUGACCAGGACUGGCAUAUGGAGAGUGUUGACCAUAUGCAACAUUUGAAGUCAUUGAUCGUCAACGAGGGCCUGACAUACAACCAGCACUACUGCACAGUUGCGCUAUGCUGUCCUUCGCGCGCGUCGCUUUGGACCGGCAGGUCCGCUCAUAACCAUAAUGUUACCAACGUAGCGCCGCCUCAUGGAGGUUAUCCAAAAGUUGUUGAUCAAGGCGUGAAUGACGACAACUUGUUCUUGUGGAUGCAAGACGCUGGCUACCAGACAUACUACGUGGGGAAAUUGUGGAACUUUCACGCCGUCGACAACUACAACAAGCCCUUCGCAAAGGGAUUCAACGGAUCAGAGUUCUUGCUUGAUCCAUAUACAUAUCAGUACUGGAACUCCCAGAUGACUCGAAAUGGGCAAGAGCCCGUUAGCUAUGCCGGACAGUAUUCAACAGAUGUAGUCACCGACAAAGCUGUUGGGUUCCUCCGCGACGCUUUGUCUCACGAAGACCCCUUCUUUCUGACGAUUGCACCAAUCGCACCGCAUUCGAAUUGGGUCAUAGAUCCAGCGCGUGACCUUUCAUACUUGGAAGAGCCCAAGUCUGCGCCUCGGCAUCAGCACCUAUUUGAAGAAUACAUCAUUCCGCGCACCGAAAGCUUCAAUGCCCCAAUUGUUGGCGGUGCCAGCUGGGUCAAGGACCUCAAAAAGCUGAAUGACACCGUACUGGCUUACAACGACCACUACCAGCGCCAACGCUUGCGAGCCUUGCAAGCCGUCGACGAAAUGUUGCCACGGCUAGUCCAAGAACUUGAAAAUGCUGGUCAGCUGGACAACACGUAUAUAUUCUACACUACUGACAAUGGCUACCACAUUAGCCAGCAUCAGAUGCAUCCGGGGAAAGAGUGUGGCUAUGACACCGACAUACACAUCCCAUUCUUCGUUCGUGGACCAGGCGUUCCCCGUGGAGAGGCAGUAGACGUCGUGACGACACACACAGAUGUCAGCUCUACACUCUUGAAGAUUGCUGGUAUCUCCAAGACACUAGACGGUGUGGCAAUGCCACUACACAAGGCCGACGAUGAUCUCUCUCAUCGACAUGAGCAUGCCACUAUUGAGUACUGGGGCAUGGGAGUGCCAGAAGGCAACUAUGGUGGAAAGGCCGAUAAGAAUAGAGAAGCUGGGGAAUGGAAGAACAUCUAUCAGAACAACACGUACAAAGGGAUUCGAAUAGUAUCUGACGAAUAUAGUCUCUACUAUUCGGUCUGGUGUACUGGCGAGAUAGAAUUCUACGACUUGAAGUCUGAUCCCUUUCAAACAACCAACAUAGCAACACCGUCAUCUGUUUCAUCGUAUCAAAUCGCAGGGCGGCCGCUUGGCGAGAUUCUCUCGCGUCUCAAUGCUUUGGUCAUGGUGCUGAAAACGUGCAAGGAUAGGGUGUGUAUCCACCCGUGGGAAGUACUACAUCCUAAUGGUGGUGUGAAAAAUCUAAGCCAGUCUCUCCAGAAACGAUUUGACGUCUUUUACAAUCGUCAACCGCAGAUGUGGUUCUCAGAUUGUCCUCUUGCAUAUUUUGCAGACCUGGAGAACCAAUCCCCUGUUAACGUAUUCAGGGGCGAAGUUGAGCUGUAG